AAUCUUUUAUGGAAUGAGAAAGACCUUUGCUGCUGAAACAAGACAAAAACUAGAAAGGAAACCUUUAUUUAUUUUCCCCUCGAUCUUGCACAUUCAUUCAUUCACCGGUGGCUGAAGCUAUUGGAGCAUCUGAGUUGGGAGGAGCGUUGGUCCUCUCGCUCUAUUGUAUUUUGAGUUUCUCUUUUAAUAUCGAUUUUUGCCUGCCUUAAACAUUUCUUCUUGCUCCUCUCGUGAAACCAAGCCGAGCUCCCUCACUUCAUCCCCGCCAGCCCUUCUCUUCUUUCUCUCUCUCUCUCAUUCCCUUUCGUCGGUUCCAAAGAAGAGAUGGGAGAGCAGCAGAAGCAGGCUCAACCCCUUGGUGUCUGGCACACCAUCAAGCCGUUCGCCAAUGGCGGUGCCUCUGGUAUGCUCGCCACCUGCGUCAUUCAGCCCAUCGAUAUGAUCAAGGUGAGGAUCCAAUUGGGUCAGGGAUCAGCAUCCUCUGUUGCCUCGACCAUGCUGAAGGAGGAAGGUGUUAGGGCCUUUUACAAGGGUCUGUCUGCUGGACUACUGAGGCAAGCCACCUACACAACUGCUCGACUUGGAUCAUUCAGGAUGUUGACCAACAAGGCAAUCGAGGCGAAUGAGGGGAAGCCUCUGCCUCUGUAUCAGAAGGCAUUGUGUGGAUUAACUGCUGGUGCUAUUGGAGCAUGUUUUGGAAGCCCUGCAGAUUUAGCACUCAUCCGUAUGCAGGCAGAUGCCACCUUACCUGCUGCUCAGCGCCGGCAUUACACCAAUGCCUUCCAUGCACUUUCACGUAUUGUGGCAGAUGAGGGUGUUUUGGCUCUUUGGAAGGGUGCAGGACCUACCGUUGUCAGGGCAAUGGCUUUGAACAUGGGAAUGCUUGCUUCAUAUGAUCAAAGUCUUGAGCUCUUCAGAGAUAACCUUGGUUUUGGUGAAAUCCCUACGGUUGUUGGUGUGCUAGUGCCAUUUCCGGGUUCUUCGCUUCAGCUUGCAGUCUUCCGUUUGACUAUGUGAAAACACAGAUUCAGAAGAUGCAGCCUGAUGCUGAGGGAAAGUAUCCAUACACUGGUUCCCUCGACUGUGCUAUGAAGACUCUCAAGGCCGGCGGACCACUGAAAUUCUACACUGGAUUCCCUGUUUACUGUGUUAGGAUUGCUCCACAUGUCAUGAUGACUUGGAUAUUCCUGAACCAGAUCCAGAAGGCAGAGAAGAAAAUUGGAUUAUAGAUGUGAUGGAAAGAGAGAUGGGGAGUGAAAUUAAUAAAAUAACACACUAAAUACCUUUGGAUGAUAUGGUGCAUUGGUUUGUAGACGUUGGUUGGGGGUUUAGUUUCGGCUGAGUUAAUUUGUGCCUUGCAAGCCAAGGGAGCCAUUGUUUUGGUACACACAAUAUUUACCGUUGCACUGAUGUAGGAUGUUCUUUGUAUCUGUAGCCUUCCAUUAUUUUGGCCUUUUAGAUUGAUCCAUUUUCGCCUUUCAGAUUCUAAGAGAGUUCUUGGUCUCUGAAAAUAUGUUGGAAGAAAAUAAAUUUUGCACUUUGAGACGCUCAUAAAUUUACUCCUGGAGGAGACAUGGAUGGGGAUCUGAUAUAUUACAUCUGAUUUCAAUGUCCUCUUUUCCCUUGAA